GUCUUUCUGUUUGCAUCGACUGGCCAUCACAUCAGGGUGUCUCUGUAGGCUUUUUAAAGACACUGAUUGGUUAGAGAUGCAACUGAGUGUCUCCAAGCUGAAUGUCACAUAAAACACAUCAAAACAACAACCGCUGAACGGAGGAAGGUGCCCUGUCGUCCUGUUCCACAGGUAACGAUAUCUAACCAACGCCACCAGACAUUUCCCUUCAUGACAGCAGCAGCUGUCGUUGCCGUGUGCCUGUCUGGCACUCGGAGAAACCAUCUAACCAUCUGUCCACAGAGCUUUACAAAUAUGUUUUAACGUUUAACAGUCCAACUAUAGAAAACAAACACAAGAACAUCUCGUCAUUUAAGCAGGUUAAUGUUUGGUUACCAGCUGACUGAGAGGUACGACACACAACUAAAACCAUCUCAUCAUUUAAGCAGGUUAAUGUUUGGUUACCAGCUGACUGAGAGGUACGACACACAACUAAAACCAUCUCAUCAUUUAAGCAGGUUAAUGUUUGGAUACCAGCUGACUGAGAGGUACGACACACAACUAAAACCAUCUCAUCAUUUAAGCAGGUUAAUGUUUGGUUACCAGCUGACUGAGAGGUACGAGGCACAACUAAAACCAUCUCAUCAUCUAAGCAGGUUAAUGUUUGGUUACCAGCUGACUGAGGGGUACGACACACAACUAAAACCAUCUCAUCAUUUAAGCAGGUUAAUGUUUGGUUACCAGCUGACUGAGAGGUACGACACACAACUAAAACCAUGUCAUCAUCUAAGCAGGUUAAUGUUUGGUUACCAGCUGACUGAGAGGUACGACACACAACUAAAACCAUCUCAUCAUUUAAGCAGGUUAAUGUUUGGUUACCAGCUGACUGAGAGGUACGACACACAACUAAAACCAUCUCAUCAUUUAAGCAGGUUAAUGUUUGGAUACCAGCUGACUGAGAGGUACGACACACAACUAAAACCAUCUCAUCAUUUAAGCAGGUUAAUGUUUGGUUACCAGCUGACUGAGAGGUACGAGGCACAACUAAAACCAUCUCAUCAUUUAAGCAGGUUAAUGUUUGGUUACCAGCUGACUGAGAGGUACGACACACAACUAAAACCAUCUCAUCAUUUAAGCAGGUUAAUGUUUGGUUACCAGCUGACUGAGGGGUAUGACACACAACUAAAACCAUCUCAUCAUUUAAGCAGGUUAAUGUUUGGUUACCAGCUGACUGAGGGGUACGACACACAACUAAAACCAUCUCAUCAUUUAAGCAGGUUAAUGUUUGGUUACCAGCUGACAGAGGUAUGA